AACAAUUUCAACUCAUCAUUAAUCAAACAUUCUAUACUAAAGAAGGUUGCUUUGCUAACUUGGUAGUUUCCUUUCUGCUUCAUUCAACUUUUGGCAGAAUGAUGCAGACUUAGUUUUUGGAGGGAUUACAGUUGUUUGUGGAAUAGUAGGGACGGUAGCCGGUGGUUACAUCCUUGAUUGUAUGACAUGCACCAUUCCCAAUGCAUUUAAGCUUCUAUCUACAGCAACAUUUUUUGGGGCUGUCUUUUGCUUCUCUGCCUUCUGCUUCAAGAACAUGUAUGUUUUCCUGGUGCUUUUUUCAAUUGGUGAGAUGCUUGUAUUCUCCAUACAGGGUCCUGUAAAUUACAUUUCUCUUCACUGUGUUAAACCAAGCAUGAGACCAAUCGCAUUGGCUAUGUCUACAGUCUCUAUUCAUAUAUUUGGAGAUGUCCCUUCUUCGCCCCUUGUUGGGGUUCUUCAGGAUAGUAUCAACAACUGGAGGAUUUCGGCUCUUAUCUUAACAUCUGGUUUCUUUGUGGCAUCUGCAGUAUGGUUUACAGGGAUCUUCCUUGAAGCCACAGAUAGAUUCACUGAGGAUACCGAGAAUCCUACAACGACAACUGACAAUUCUACAACAACAACUCCAUUGCUAGGAGAUGAAUCGGCUGGUGAAGCUUAAUGACACAUCAUAUUCCUAAUUUAACAUUUCUUUGUAUGAAAGAAAUUUGCAUUGGUAAGUAAGAAGAUGAUGCAAUUUAGAUGUAAAUCUAAUGUUAUACAAGAUCGCAAUGCUAAGCUGCUGCUGUUUAAUCUCAGUUGUGUGAAAUAGAAUACUGGUGCUCAUGUCU